ACCAACGGCUAUCGACGACGUUUUUUCUAUCUUUACAAUGGCCAAGGAUAAAACCCAAAAACACGGCAAAACUAGCUCCAAUUGGAGGCAUCAUAAAGUGGCGAGCGAUUAGAUGGAGACCGCAAAAUCUCAGCGGUCUAUAUAUUUGCAGUGUUUCGACUGGCUUUCCAGCAAAUACGAUUCGAAUGCCCGCCAUGAAUGUCCCAAUGUACUUAUCGUUCCCGUUACUAGCCAAACCCAUAAAUGUGAAGCUCGAUAAGAGCUGUCCGAUGUAUAAUGCCUAGUUGAAUGUUCCAUGUAUUUUAGUUUCACUUUGCACUGUACAACAAUGAGAUCAUUACUGCUCAGCCUCAGCCUUUGCCUCUUGCUCUUUGUCGCCUCUUCGGAGGCACUGCGUCUGCGUGGCGAACAGCAGCCAGCUCAAAGGGCAGCUAAUAGCGUCCGCUAUGCCUCCCGACUUGAUGCGCCAUCACCCCAAGGACGCGUGGUAGGCGGCAGUACCGUCAAUAUUGGGGAGUGGCCCUGGAUGGUUUCCAUCCAGAAUCAAUAUGGCAUGGACUUUUGCGGUGGCGUCGUGAUCAAUGAAACAUGGAUUCUGACUGCGGCCAGCUGCGUUUCCGGUUUGCGUGCCCGCAAUGUGAUCGCUGUCACCGGCACCGUGGACACCUACAACUUCUCUUCCCCGUACUACCUUGUGGAUGAAAUCCACAUUCAUUGCAACUUUGAUAAGCCGUUGUAUCACAACGAUAUUGCUCUGCUGCAUGUGAAUGAGAACAUUGAACUGAAUGACGAGACUGCUAUCAUUCCUCUGAACGAGAUCGAUGAGUUGCAGGAGGGCGAGAAGUUAUCCUUUGCAGGCUGGGGCACCCCAUCUGCUGAUGGCACUCGCUCGAGGUACUUGCUAAAGUCCGACGGCACCUACGUAGAUGUGGAGAAGUGUCGCAGCGAACUGGGAGAUACCGAGGAUGUGGAUCUGGGACAUGUUUGUGUGCAAAUGGCGGCGGGCAAGGGCACCUGUCAUGGCGACACCGGCGGACCGUUGAUCAAUGAGCAGGGCGAACUUGUGGGCAUUGGCAAUUGGGGUGUACCGUGUGGUCUUGGCUAUCCGGAUGUUUAUGCCCGCGUGGCCUUCUACAGCGAUUGGAUACGCACCAUCAUCAACGGCUGUGGUAUUGCUUAGAUUACAAACACAACACUUCACUUA